CGGUCCGUCCCGAACGGGGGGCACUAACGCUCGUGGCUUGUCGCGCAGGGACGUGCCCACGGCUGCCCCCAGGAGCGGCGGGUGGCGGCGGCUGCGGUGAGCGGGGUCCCGCGGCGGGCGCCGAUGCCUCCGAAGAUGGAGAAGUUUCUGCAAAUCGCGCCCCACUCUCUGGCCAUCGUCCUGGGCCCGGCCGAGGGUCCCGCGGGGGAGAGAUCCGGGCCCGCCCCGCUCGCGCCUCCGGCGCAGCCCCGGCAGCUCUCCCGGCACCACAUCGGCUACGAGAUCUUCGCCGACUUCAAAGCCGAGAACAUGCAGCACUUCUGGAACAAGAAGGUCACGGCUGCGGUGGCCGAGACCUUCUUCCUGGGCUGGAUCGACGAGCAGGUCCUGCUGAUCCAGGGCAAAGAGGAGCAUCUGGAGGUGCUGCGCGAGGGCUGGACGCGCCGGGCGCUGCGGCCGCCCUCGGGCUUCCACAUCCGCUGCCUCGGUGAGUCCGGCGGCCGCGGCGACCCGCCCCACCCCGCCCCGAGCGCGCCGCGGGCCCGGGGCCACGGGAAGCCCCGGCCGCUCCCCUGGGCGCCGCGCGCCUCCCUCCCGCUUCGCUCCCGGCCGGGGGAGGGGCCGGCGGCCCUCUGCGAGCGCGGGAUUGGGGGACAGCCCGGCGGCUGUAACCGGGGACGGUACCUUUCCCCACACGCCUCCGGGCGGCCCGCGGAGCCUCCCAGGCGGCGGGGCGGUGCCGGGGGCUGGCCAGGUAGGCGGCGGCGGUGGCGCGCGAGGCGCGGCGAGUGUGCGGCCGCUCCGGGGUUGGUGAGUGGCACCUUUUCCGCAGAGAUCGGGCCGGGGGAGUGUGUGCGAGCCGGAGAGAUGCCGAGAGAGAGAGAAAGGAUUCAGGUAGCAUCAGGUGGCUGCGGGUUCUACCGCGGGAGGCGACGGCGGGCAGCUCGGGUGCGCUGCGGGCGCGGGGACGUCCCUUCCAGGGAUGCGUCUGGCUGCACCCGGGCAGGUGCGCGCCGGCACCACCUCGGAGCGGAGCGAGAACCGGAGAGCGGUUUGCGCUGGCGCCCUUCGCUGGCUGAGCUGCGGUACAGCGGCGGCAAGCCCACCGCUCACCACAGGACCUACAACGAGCUGCGUCGGCGGUCCACUGUGGUGAACCCUGACCCUGAUGUUUCAGAAGCCCCCAAGUGCGUGCUGCACAGCCAGCGGGCAUGGCCUGAGAAACUGGGGCAGCUGGACCCUGACGGACCUGCCAUUGAGCCUGGGAGCAAGGAGCAUGCAUGA